AAGUGCAUUGAUAACUUUUAUAGUUUUUCAUAGGAAACAUUUUUUUUUCUUAUACCAACGAGAAAUUAAGUAUUCCUGAUUUCUUUUUUUUGAAAAUAUCCGAUCACCUACCUAUUAAAUAGUCUUAAGGAUGUCUAUAAAACUGUUCAAAUAUAUUACCAAUAGUUGUUUAAAUAGUAGAACAGUAAUGCGAUUUAUGAGUACUACAAAUAACGAAAAACUAAUUAGAGUAAGUUUUAAUAAAGCUAAUGGUGACAAAAUCACUGCAGAAGGGAAAAAAGGAGAUUCUCUAUUGGACGUUAUUGUCAAUAAUAACCUAGAUUUUGAUGGAUUUGGGGCAUGUGAAGGUACAUUGACAUGUUCUACAUGUCAUAUUAUUUUAGAUCAAAAAGAUUAUGAUUCAUUACCUGAAAAACCAUCAGAUGAAGAAUUAGAUAUGUUAGAUUUAGCAUAUAAUUUAACUGAUACAUCUCGAUUAGGAUGUCAAAUAAUAUUAGAAGAUAAAUUAGAUGGUUUAGAAGUCAAAGUACCAGCAACAGUUAAUGAUGCUAGGUAUAAUUAAUUUAAUAUAACAUGUAUAUAACAUUUAUAUAAUAAAAUGUUAAGUUACAAAUUUUUAUUAUUAUUUCUAUUAACAUGGGUCAGAACUAAAUAGAACAAGGAAUUUACAUUUUUACCUAAAAUGAACUGUAGUUAAAUGUAUUUAAUAGGCUUAUUAAUAAUAUUUGUAAAAACAUCUCAGAAUAUUCUUUUAUCUUUAUUAUGCAAAACCAAGUUAUUUGGUUUUAAACAUAGGUUUAAGAACCUUAUAUCUCAGUUGUGUCCAUUUAUUUCAUUACCAAUACAUAGUUAUGAUAGUAAAUUGAAAUUAUAAAUUAAAAUAUAAAAUUAUCAAAAUAUAA